AUGGAUACCUCCUCUGUGCCUCUGCUCGACUACGGCCUGCAGUACCAGUGGUGUUCCGACUCCGAUCUGUCCAGCCUCUCCUCCCCGGAGACCCUCUCGCCCAUCCACUCCAUGGACUCCAGCCUGUCUCCUUCCUACCAGCAGCCUCCGCUCUCCACCCCAACGACGGCCAAAACCGGAUAUUCCCAGAGCCUCAAGUCCUCUCCGUGCUCCGUUUCCGCACGUGGCCGGAAGUCGGGCCGGGUCGCCCGGAUCCGCAGCAAGCAGCGGGAGAGCGCCAGCGAGAAGGAGAAGCUGAGGAUGAGGGAUCUGACCAAGGCUCUGCACCACCUCAGGUCCUUCCUCCCGCCUUCGGUCGCCCCCGCCGGACAGACUCUGACGAAGAUCGAGACCCUCCGCCUCACCAUCCGCUACAUCUCGUACCUGUCGGCCCAGCUGGGCCUCAGCGAGGAGGCGCUGUUCCAGAGGAGGGAGCAGGGAGACACCUCGGCCAGCGACGCCUCCUCGCCAGACAUCCUCGGCUACUUCCAGAAGUCCGCCGCGGCGGGACAGGAGAGCCAGAGCCACGGUCUGACCCAGGGCGUGUACCCAGCUCAGUGUUACAGCCAGAACCCCGUGUUGCAUUCUGGGAGCUGCAGUUUUGGAGUGGAUCAGUACAGGCAGUACAGCGAAGCCCCUCAGAGUGACGCCUCGGACCCCAUCCUGCAGUCUCCUCCUGCGUCGCAGCCCUCCUGUCAGCAGAUGUGCGGCAAAGACUUCUGCAUCCCACUGGUUCCACGAGAGUACUGGGGCUGA